GUUGGACUUGAUCUCACAGCCCAGUGAGGACUUCUUUACUGAUAAUGUCAAGUUCAGGAUAUCCUCCCAACCAAGGAGCAUUCAGUACAGAACAAAGCCGUUAUCCUCCCCAUUCUGUUCAGUACACCUUUCCUAGUACCCGCCACCAGCAGGAAUUUGCAGUCCCUGACUAUUGUUCUUCUCAUCUUGAAGUUAGUCAGGCGUCACAGCUUUUGCAACAACAACAACAGCAGCAGCAGCAGCAGCAGCAGCUUCGAAGGCGACCUUCCUUGCUUUCAGAAUUUCACCCAGGUUCUGACAGGAGGGCUUCUUCUCCUUAUGGCAGCCAGUUUGGCUGAGGGAUAUGUACAGACCUCUCAAUGCCACACGCAAGAAAAACAUGGCCAACAAGCUACAUGACAGGGACUCUUCUGACGAGGAAGAGAUUUCCCAUAAGAAGAGAAAAAGGGAGCCCAGUGACACCAUCAUAGAGAUUCCACCAUCACCACCACCAGCCUCAUCACCUCCUCCUCCUCCACCUCCACCUGCUGAAACUGAGACUACUGGUGAUCCUGGGUGUUGUGGUGCUGUGUGUGCCUCAUAACUCUGAGACUUUUACACUUGGGCUCUCUGCAUUGU